UUUUCCUUAUUUUCCUGUAUUUUAAGUGAUUUUUUAGACAAAAAUGCCUACAGAUAAUCCACAAAUUGACAAUGCUCGUGCUGGGCAUCGAGAUGACAUGAAAAUUAUCGAGAAAUUCACGGGUUUGUGCUUAAAUAACAGUCCCUUGAAACAUGGUGAGGUUAUGCGAUUGGACAAAAUGGAUCCAACCCAGUUCCUGCGAAUGGAAUUUAAGUCAUUUGGACAACAAUCGGACUUUACACAUCAAGCUUUCAACUUUUGCAUGAAGAUGAAUGGGGAAGUGAAUGACCAGGCAUUGGCUCUCAGCAAGAAAUUGAUGCAUCCGGUGAAGAAAAAGAAGACUUGGCAUCCAAACGAACGACCAGGAUACGGAAACGGCGACGAUCCCGAGUAUUUUCCGGAACCGUUGCGUCACGUCAAGCCACUUAGCAUGAAUUGGUCUCGUGAAUUGGAUAAAUUUAACACAACUUUUGCUCCAUUGGAUGAUUUUGAAGCUGAAAUGCGUGGGGAUCCCAAUGUUUCGGCAGAAAAUUCCAUAACUCUCAAUGAAGAAGCUGGUCCUGUGAGCUCUUUUAUGCCGGAUUCGAUGGCGCCCAAUGAUUUUAUGACUGAAAAUUUUAUUUUUGACGACUUUGGUGGUAAAAAUUUGAUACUUGAUGACUUUGGAGGCAACAAUUUGACACCUCGCGAAGUCGAACGUCAAUUUUUGGAGCUUCUUCCGUCCGAUCUUCGACAAAAUAUGACCGCUACCUUUCCGGAGAACCAACAAAUAUUGGAAAAUAACUUUACAGCUUUUGAUUUAGAGGUUCCUCAGCUCCGAAUUUCGCCACAACGAGCGAAUGCCAUGCCUCGUACAACAAAUUUCUCGAUUGUGAGUGACGAAAAUGUCUCGCUUUUGAUGGAUCAGCAACAAUCAAGGGUAAAACGCCUUUCAAAGAGUCCGCGACAACCUUUUAUUUCGGUAAAUGACACAAAUGAAGUCCCGGAACUACUUCGACCGGUCACAAUUCAAGUUCCAGAUCAAAUUCCGUUGAUGACUGAAACGUUGAACGAGGUACAGCCACAAGUCGUGCCCAACGUUGACACAAUUCUCGAAGUUAAACCAACUGAGGAGACCAGAAAUGAGCCGCCACCCCAACUUUUGUUGCCAAAUUUGACGGAUGUCAGUGAAACGGAGCCCGUUUUGCGUCAACGUCGUGUUCGAAACGUUCCAACGACACUUGCAGGACAUGAUGUUCCCAAAUUUGGUCGAUUUGUUAAGCAUCGAUAUCAUGACUUGCGUUUAUUUGAUCCCAAUGAGGACGAGGAUGACGAUGAAAUGCUUGAUAUUUCGUUCGAAAUGGGUCUGAGUGACACAGAGAAACUUUUUGCAGCGAUGCACAUCACUGAAAAAGCUCAAAACACGGAUUUGCUAAAUCAUUUCGCUCAAGAAGCAUCAAAUUCUACCUCAAACCCAUCAAUUAUCAUCGAUAAACCGACAAUUCUUCGUCCUUCCACGUGUUUGAUCAAAGAAGCAAGUCCCCGUCGAACUUCGACCAUUCGCGAUCAAGUCAAAAACUCGUCUUUGCCAUUAAUUUCAACGCUCGAUCACGUUUUGAACGAGCAACAACAACAUCUCGACUCGGCAGUCAUCAACACGCAACACGUAAACAUCAAUUUAACGGAUCUGCAACGCAAAAUUAACAAAACUGCAGACGAAACUCCGGAAAUUCCCGUCAUACCCAUCGUUGAGACUCCCGCAAUGCGACCAAUUCAGCAAAUUCAGGACGAACAAUUCGAAAUUCAGCAUAAACCGAUGCUCCAAAGUUUGGUUCGUGAACAAGAAACGCGUAAUGAGGAUCAAUUUGAGUACACAGAUAACGAAAAACAUUUGAUUAAAAUGUUUGCAAAGAUUUUGACGAUCAGUAGUUUGAUGAAAAGAUCGGAAAUAGGAAUUUCUGAUGUCAUAAGUAUCCCAAAUCAAGGGGAUUUUGUAACUCUCUUGAAAAUCUCUUGGGAGACACCAAAAGUGAUUGAAAUUGUUAAAGAUGCCCGUACUUGUAAGGCGAUUCGUGUCAAAUUAAUCGGUUAUGAAGCAGUUUUUGCAGUCUAAGAUUUUUUAAGUGAAUUUUUAAUGUACAUUGACACUUUGAAUGUAUUGUAAGAUGAAACGUAUUGAUUUUUUUGUAAUUGAAGUCUAUUGAAAA